AUGGAACAACAAAAAUGGUUAUCCAAAUUAUUGGGAUACGACUAUGAGAUUGUUUUUCGUCAUGGCAAAGAGAAUGUAGUUGUUGAUGCCUUAUCUCGUCUUUCCGGGCCUCAAUUUGCUUCACUCUCAGCACAUAUUUUCUCUGGUGUACAUGCCAUUGUAAAUGAAUGUUAUCAGGAUGAUGAAUAUGGGUCACCCAUUUCUAGUUUGCGUGCUAAUCCUGGAUUUAAACGCAAUUAUACUUACGUAGAUGGAAUUUUAAGAUAUAAGCAAAGGAUUGUGGUUGUUUCUUCUUCUUCUUGUAUGAAGCCAAAAGAUUGGUUUAAAUGGCUCUCAUGGGCCAAAUGGUGGUAUAACACAAGCUUUCAUACUGCCAUCCAAAUGACUCCAUGUGAAGCUUUAUAUAGUAGACCUCCUCCAAUAAUUUUAUCAUACUUACCAGGCUCUACGCCAGUGCAUGAUGUUGAUAUUAAUCUCCAAGCCAGAGAUCAUACUCUUAAACUUUUGAAGUCUCACUUGAAAGAAGCUCAAACUCGGAUGAAGAAAUAUGCUGACUCUCAUAGAACAGAACGUAGCUUUCAGGAUAAUGAUUGGGUUUAUUUGCGCCUACAGCCAUAUCGGAAAACCACUGUUGCUAGUCAAUAUUUUUCGAAGCUAUCUCCUCGAUUUUACGACCCUUUUCGAGUCUUGGAGAAAAUUGGAAUUGUGGCUUAUAAAUUAGAGCUUCCUACCACCAGUCGUAUUAAUCCUGUUUUCCAUGUUUCUCAAUUGAAGAAGAAGCUAGGAACAACUGUCAAUGUUGUUGAUGUUUUACAAGAUAUAAUCGAUUAUGAAAAAUGGGAACCAUCUGCAAUUUUGCAACGACAGAUGUACAAGAAAGUUAAUCAUGCUGGUACUCAAUGGAUUGUGCAAUGGAAGAACCUUCCUAAAGAUGAAGCAACUUGUGAAGACGCUGACGAUUUCAUUGCACGAUUUCCAGAAUAUAAGACUUGA